AUUGUAUACUUUAAUUACGAUGAAUGAAAACAACGAGCGUCUAACGCCAAAUCAAGAAUCAAAUCAUGGUAAAAAGGCCACCGAACAAAAACCUAAUGGAAGACAUGCUUUAAAAAGGUGUCCCGAAUGCUCAACUUUUAGGCCAGUAGCUUGUAAAACCUGUGUAUGCGGUUAUAUAUUUUGUAAAAAAAUCGCUCAAUUACAGAAUAUUGACACCGAAGAGGAAAGUAUAGGUAGUAGGAAAAGAAGAGAGCGUCUCAAAAGAUUAGAAAGACCAGAGAGACCAGAAAGAACAGCCAUGACAUUGAGUUCAUCAAAGGUUCAUAUUAUUAGAUGUGCUAUUUAUCCCACAUUCGAUAGAUUUACUACUGCAUUUAGCAUUUAA